GAUUUACCAAGAAGGCUCGGAGGCCAGUGCCGCCGUAGUGGCCGUCGAAACCCACACCAUCCACAAGCUAGAAGAAGGGAUCGACCCCAGCACCAUUGAGACAAACGAGGAAAUCGAGAUCGCCUAUCCCAUCACCUGUGGGGAGAGCAAAGCCAUCCUGCUCUGGAAGAAGUUUGUCUGUCCCGGAAUUAAUGUCAAGUGUGUCAAGUUCAAUGACCAGCUGAUCAGCCCAAAGCAUUUUGUUCACCUGGCUGGGAAGUCUACCCUAAAGGACUGGAAGAGAGCCAUUCGCCUCGGAGGAAUCAUGCUGAGGAAGAUGAUGGACUCGGGGCAAAUUGACUUCUACCAGCACGACAAAGUUUGCACCAACACGUGUCGAAGCACCAAGUUUGAUCUCCUGAUCAGCAGCGCCAGAGCACCUGUGCCGGGGCAGCAGAGUGUGGUGCAGACUCCUACAUCAGCUGAUGGGAGCAUCACCCAGAUCGCGCUGUCGGAGGAGAGCAUGGAGGAGGGGAUUGAGUGGAACUCAGCUCUGACAGCUGCCGUCACCAUGGCCACUGAGGAAGGCAUGAAAAAGGACACGGAUGAGAUCUCCGAGGACACGCUGAUGUUCUGGAAAGGAAUAGCUGAUGUGGGGCUGAUGGAAGAAGUUGUGUGCAACAUCCAGAAGGAGAUAGAAGAAGUCCUAAGAGGUGUCCAGCAGAGGUUGGGUCAAUCUCCCUUCCAGAUGACAGAUGCUGCAGUCUUGAACAACGUCGCCCACACGUUUGGCCUCAUGGACACGGUCAAAAAGGUUCUGGACAACAGGAAAAACCAAACAGAGCAAGGGGAGGAACAGUUUCUUUACACGUUGGCAGACCUGGAGCGGCAGCUG